ACAAAGAGGAUAAAAGGCGCGGGAGCAUCGGAGAAGUUCAAAUCAUGGCGACGAAGAGUAAGAUCCUACAAAGUGCUCAACGCGAAGAAGCUGAAGAAAAUCCGCCGGAUUCAGAGAGCAAUGCGAAUACGUCGAGUAAGAAGAGGAGGAUCGAGUCUCAAAAUGUAACGAUAAAUCCGGAAGUUCUCGACUGUUACAUUUGCUGCGAGCCAUUGGCGAUUCCGGUUUUCCAGUGUGAAAAUGGACAUAUAGCAUGCUCUGAUUGCUGCAGUAGAAAUGUAAAAGAAUGCCCCUCUUGUCAUAUUAAAAUUGACGAGAUCCGUUGUCGAGCCAUCGAGAUUGUUCUUGAAUCACUCGAGAGAUCCUGUCAAAACYCAAGGUAUUGCUGCAAAGAGAAGUUGACAUUUGGUCAGAGAAAAGAGCACUUGAACACAUGUUUAUUUAGUCCAUGUCCCUGCCCUCUAUUCGACUGCGAGUUUGUCGCCUCGUCGAAGAAACUCUACUCACAUUUCAACCAGAAACACCCUACAUCAGCUUUUAACUUCGAAUACUGGCCCACUUCGAAUAUUGGUCCACCUUCACCAUCGACCUGAAACUCGACGACAAGUUUCUCAUCCUCCGAGAAAAGAGAGGUGRAGUUCUCUUCGUGCUUGCUAGUAGAACCUAACCUCUGGGAAAGGCGAUCACUGUGAAUAGUAUCGGGUGGGCCUCGAUCGAGGAUCGACCUUCCUUUAAUGUGGCUAUUAAAUCUAAAAAAAUCACACUCAGCUUUCAUUCAGAAGUGAUGAUGGUCGUUAGGGAGCUGGUUGAUGAGCCAUUUCCAGAGGAGUUCCUUAUGAUUCCCAACAAGAUUUUUUAUUCUAAUAAUAAUAACCAGGUCAAGCUGGAGCUUCGCAUCUGGUAGAAAGCAGCAUCUUUGUUUUGGUUGAAUGUUCUUUUGGUUUAGUUCAUACUUCAUAUGGUGAAUCAGAAUUGAUUUGCUCUGGUUUUGUGGCUCUGGAUGCAUGCUGAUGCUGCCAUUUUGUGAAGCUUUUGGUUGGUCAUAAUGGAUGGGAGGCUGAACAUUUUUGUUAUAUCCUCUUUUUGGGACAAAUGCUGGUUUUUGGUUGGUUUUAUGUACCUAUGUUAUGGUAAUAUUAUGUGUAAAACAUUUUGUUGUAUCCUCCUUUUGGAUGUUGUUGGGUUUCUUAGCUUCAAUAGUUUGCCACCCCUAUGUUUCUUACCCGUA